AUGGCCAGCCCUGAGAGCAACAUAAAUACGGUGGCAUCAAAGGUCUCCAAUGACAGCCCGGGUGGCUUUUCAAACAACUCGAGCCCAAUCACCUCAUUAUCCAACCGCUCUCCUAGAUCUGGUCCUGAGGAUGUUGAGUGGGCAGAAGUAACGGACCGGGAAGAGAGGAGGCGGAUCCAGAAUAGGAUAUCACAACGAAGGUUCCGCCAAAAAGCGAAGGAGAGGAGAGCGAAAGAAAAUCGUGAAUUACAGAACCAAAAGCACGCUGGGAAUAUCUAUUGUACCCCGACGGCCACAUAUCUUAACGCCGACCAAGAAUUGUCUGGCCUACCAUGGGGCAGCUUGAGCAUAUGUCCUGUGGCCAACAGGGGUCAUGUACGCGACACACAGCAAAGCGGUAGCCUCAACACACAUAUCGGUGAGCUUCAUCAAGUACUGUGUCCUGACGGAACGAGCAUAGCCCCUAGUUUUGCACCAGACAUGUUCCUUGAGGCCUCCUGGGAUUUUAAUCUUCGGACUCUGGAUGAUGUGGUCGCCCCGGCAUCACCCGCCUCGGCGAAAGUAGUUGAAGCUCCAAAGUGGAGUCCCCCACUCGGAUCUGCGUCACCUGGAAACGGCACUGAUUCCAUCGCCUUACCCCCAGACUGUGAGUACACCUUGCACAGCAACAAUAUUGCGAUAGGUCGUGAGACCGUGCCCCGUGCCCAAAUUGGUAUCCCUUAG